CCCCAGAGUGCUGAGGGAACUGGCAGAGGUGAGAGCCGAGCCGCUUUCCAUCAUCUAUCAGCACUCCUUGUUGACGGGUGAAGUACCAGAAGACUGGUACUGGUACACAUCAGCCCAUGUUCCUGCCCCACAGCCCCGUGAUUCCAUAUUCAGCCUCAUGGCUCUGUGCCCCACAGCCACACAGCCUUCCCUUCCUCCAUUCUCAUCUCAUCGCUUUGGGAAUGCUACGAGCCCAUAUCCUGCCCAUAAUCCCAUAUCCUGCCCCAUAACAGGAAAUCUUACCCCAUGUCCUGCCCCAUAGAUCCAUAUCCUGCUCCAUAGCUUUAUGUUCCACAGCCCUGGAGUCUUCCUCCUGCUGUGCUCAUUCUCAUGUCUUUGGGACUAUGAGGAACACAUAUACCUUCCCACAGCCCCAUAUCACAUUUCACAGCCCCAUACCUCUCCCUCUUGCCCCAUAUCAUGCCCCAUAGCUCCACAUCCAACCCCAUAUCCUCAUUUCCAGUCCCAUAUCUUCAGAAAUUGACAAAUCACCCCACGGUCUGAUCUGUGCCCCAUAUCCUUGCCUCAUAGCCCACGGACUCCAUACUCCAACCCAUAGCUCUGGUAUCAUCCCUUGUAUCCCUCCUAUAGUCCCAGUUUGAUAUCUUGUCCCAUUCCAGUAUGACCCCAUAGCCUGCCCUACUGCUCUAUGCCCUUUGUCCCACAGCCUUCCUCUCGCCAUGCUCGUCUUAGCCAUCCACAUGCUGACCUUCGCUGUGGGUUUUCCUGCCAACAUCUUCACCCUCCUCACCCUCCUCAUCAAAAUCCGAUGCCACCGUCCUCAUCCCCACCUCACCGCUGCCGACCUCCUCCUCCUCCACCUCACCACCGCCGACCUCCUUGUCCUCCUCUUCCUCCCAUUCAAGAUGGCCGAAGAGGCAGCCAUGAUGGCGUGGCCCUUCCCCAGAGUGCUCUGCCCCAUUGCAAACUUCUGCUUCUACUCCAGCAUCUACCUCAGCACUCUCUUUAUAGCUGCCCUCAGUGUGGAGCGCUACUUUGGGGUCGUGUUCCCACACCGCUACAACCGGCACCGGAGGUUAUGGCGGAUGAUGGCCGCCAGCGCCGUCCUUUGGGUGAUG